AUGAAGAAAUUUUUAUAUGAAUACAAAGCGUUGAGAGGUCGAUCGGAAAGAGAAACGUCAAGAAAUCGACGCAGCCGGGAACGACUAACAGUUACCACUGGCCGUGUAAGCCCAGCAUCCAGCGUAGAUGACCCACCGGUUCAAGUGGGAACAAUUAGGACUGAGGAGUAUAAGAGAGAUCUAGCCGAAUUCCAAGCUAGACGGUCAAUAGGCAGCAAAGACGUCCAAGAAACACCGAACAAAAAGAAAUGCGGUCGACACUCCCUUCCCGUAUCUUGCACCAAUUGCACGGGUGAUCCGGACGCUACAUUCAAUUACGAAAAGAAAUCUGCUAUGAAAUAUAAGAAGAAAUCACAGAAACGCACAAGAAGCACCCAUUCCGAGGAGAAGCUGUACGAAGGUGCACCCAACAUUCAGUUUCUAUUUCAGAACCAGGUUUUCAUGCCGGGGAAUGUGUUCGCUUCAUACUCCGAGCCUCGUAAGCAGCGUAAAAAUCGUCAGAGAUCGCCAGAUUUUCUAGCACAGAAACAAAUAGACUUUAAGGACGAUGAGCCUCAGCCAUUGUCGCCGCCGCUGUUUUAUAAGAACAAUUCGUUACCAUUUGACACUAAAAACUUUUUAGAGUUAUCGAGGAGCGAUGACGAAUUAGACGGUGUGAAAACUGAUGUGAAGAAUCCCAGCCAGGGUUCUGGUAGCCAUAAGAAUGAUAGCUGUGACGGAAAAUUGUGGGAGGUUAUGAGCGAACUGAAACAUUUUGACAAAUGGGCUGACGAACAAUUACAGGCUCCAUCGACUACCAGCAAAUCAGAUGACAGUAGGAGCGACACCAGCGCUUUUGGUCUGCCGAUAGCAAGCGCUUGUAAUUUAGACGUUACAAUUGAAAGGAAUACUUCUUGGAGUUUGGGCAAAUGGGGCAUCGUGCCAGUUCAGAUAAAACGACUCAAUGACGUCACAGUGGAGCAUGUGAGGAAGAAAUGGAAUAUGGAGAUUAAUAUAUUGAGAAAGUUCCGUCAUCCAAACAUAAUACUUCUCAUGGGUGUGUAUCCAGAUGUUCAGAACAAUGUGCACCUGAUUUGCGAGAGAUGCAUCGAUACCUUGUAUGGAAUACUACAUAUACAGGGUCGUAUUCUAAGCAUCCAGACUUCAAUAAAUUAUACCCUGGAUAUAACGAAUGCCCUGGUCUUCCUAAACAUGCAAGGAUACCUCCAUACAGCUAUAACUAGCAAGAGUAUAAUGAUAACUGCCCAAGAUAUAGCUAAGUUAGCCGACCUACAGCCCUGUAUGAAACUGACGAAGAAGAAAAUAUAUGACAAAGGCUAUAAUACUUAUAAAUCUGAACCACAUUAUACUAAUAUUAGCGAUAACCAGACCUCAUCAGAGAGCGAGCCACUUCUAACUCAAAGAUCGGACAUUAAUGCUGUGUCUAAACCCUAUGAAUAUUACUGUGAGAUGAUCGACUACAACUGGCAGGCUCCAGAAUUGUUUGAACCUGAAGAGGGCAUAGUACAUCCUUGUAAUAAAAGUGAUGUGUAUUCACUAUGUCUUUUACUAUGGGAAUGUUGUAAUGCCUCAGUUCCUUGGAAGACAUUAAAUUAUGCCAAGCUUAAAGAGUUAUAUACAUUAUGGAAGACAGGUUUACAACUGCCUAGAGACGGUUCAUACCCGGGAUGUGUACUAGCAUUAUUAGAAUCGGGGCUCAAAUUAGAUCGGACAUCUAGAAUUGAUUUGGAGGAACUUCAAGUUGCAUUGCAAAAGGCUAAGCAUGAUUUAGACGAAAUCGAAUACAUUAUAUUGCCGGAUAGAAUCGCCAAGAAGAAAUCCAGUUUCAGCACGCAACCGUGGGAUACAACCUCGCCUACCGACUCCGACUAUCAAAGUCCGAAGAGUUUAGAACAUACGGCGGUCAUACACAAACAUACAGACAGCUCGACGGGCAGCGAGAAUGAUAUGAAGUCUAGUAACAAUGAAACAUUACGUAAAACUAACUUACUAACUUCCUAUACUACUGAAAAAUGUUUUAUAUCCGACGACGAAGACAUACAUACAUACACUUCACAAAUAAAAGAUUACUCAAGCGCCUGUUCAACGCCAAUAGCAAAACUCAGAGCUAGAAUUAAAGAUAUUGAAACGCCAGGAACUUUACAUAGAAGCGAUUCCACAGAAUACUGUAGUAUAGUUAGCCCUGACACGAGAUUGACGAAUUUCGGACUCAAUGACGACACAAAUAAGGACGAAAGUUCCGAACGAUCAAACGCCAAACUAAGCAGAAGCUUCACACCGAAAUCAUAUAAACCGUUGCACAUAAAAGUACCGGAAUACAAUUUCGAUUCGGUCAAAACUAUACUGAAAAAUCGCAAUGGGAACGAAAAAUCUUCAUAUAAUUUUGAUAUAAAGAAUUACAGUUUACCGACAACACCCAUAGCUAGGAGCAAUAAGUUGAGGAAAAACGCCUGGCUGUCGGGGGAUGUGAAUGAUAGACGAAAUGCAAGGAAAACCGGGGCACAGGAGUUGAUUAAUAAUAAUAAAGAAGCCAAAUCGGAACAGUCGCCUACAGACAGUAAUUCUACGAAUAAUUCAUUAGAUAAAGAAGAAAAAUGUGACGAAUUAUCUUCUUAUCAGUUGGUGAGGAAUGAAAUCGUGAACUAUAGAAAUGAGAUCGCUAGGGAUAGUUUUACAGGACUCAAAAGAAUAUCUGAUCCGCCAGAAGAUUUCAUACACAACACUAACUUGGAACGUGCGAGAUCUUUAAACUGUGUCCAAUCCAUCAAGUAUAAGAUCGAAGAAGACUUAUUGGCUAAUGUAAACGUGAAGCCGCUCGUCGCGAUACACGAAAAGUGGAUAUAUGAAGCCAAUAAGAAGACUGGCAGAUCAAAUUCCAUGCCUGAAGAUAAUAAUAAGGGUAGAGUAUUAGCAGUGAAGCCCGCGUCUCACUGUACAGACACAUUACAGAAGUCUUUGCCGCAACUCAGCAUCACACCUAGCCCGGGAUCAUAUCAACCACACAAAACAUCACCAACCAAGAACGGAAAUCAAUGGGAACAAUAUUGUCAGAAGAGAGAUGUCAUCUCUAAAAGUAUGAAUUUUCAUCCGAUAGAUACUAAGACAUAUAAGAAGGCCGUUGAAAAAGGAACACUUACCGACAACAUCCCAAGCGUAACCAAAGUGGACCGCGGCACGGACACUGUGAGCAUCGAAGACUACAUACGAGACGUGAUAAGGAAGGAGUUCAGAUACAUGAUGGACGAGACAUACGACGGACAUGAGGAGGCGCUCCACAGACGGGUGACCAACAUAGUGGGGUCACUGACCGGGGAACCGGAAGUGACGCACAAGGAGCCGCUGACGACCUACUCCACCAUCAAGAUCAACGGGAACAACAAGCCGCUGCUGCAGAUCACGUUCAGUCGCUGCGGAGACAACACGCUGCACGUCAUGGACGGCUGUGUCAACGUGAGCGUGGCGGACGAGCCCGCGCUCAAGAGGUGCCAGGCGUUCAGCGCGCUGCAGGUACAUGUAUGUAACUUACACUGUAUACACACACACACACACAGACAACACGCUGCACGUCAUGGACGGCUGUGUCAACGUGAGCGUGGCGGACGAGCCCGCGCUCAAGAGGUGCCAGGCGUUCAGCGCGCUGCAGACAACACGCUGCACGUCAUGGACGGCUGUGUCAACGUGAGCGUGGCGGACGAGCCCGCGCUCAAGAGGUGCCAGGCGUUCAGCGCGCUGCAGGUACAUGUAUGUAACUUACACUGUAUACACACACACAGACAACACGCUGCACGUCAUGGACGGCUGUGUCAACGUGAGCGUGGCGGACGAGCCCGCGCUCAAGAGGUGCCAGGCGUUCAGCGCGCUGCAGGUACAUGUAUGUAA